CUGCUCCCAAGGGCGCGCAGACCCCGCCCCGCCCCUGCCGGGCGCCCGCCCCCCGGGGAGCGCAAGCCCCCGCCCCUUCCCUCGCCCCUCCCCUGCACGGCGCCGGCUGGCUGGAGGCGGGGCAUGCGCACGGGCCCUGGGCGAGGGCGCUGGGCGGCGGGGAGGUGGGGCGCGCGCGUGCGGCUUCUCUCAGCCGGGAGCGGCGGGGGCGGGCACGGGCAGCAGCGGGCCGGCGGUGGGCGGGGAGCCGGACGCGGGAGCCGGGCGCGCGCCGCCAGCGCCGCCGCGGCACCGGUGACCGCGAGCCCGGAGCGCGAGGUCCGGGGAUGCGAGCGGCCGGGAGCCGCCGCGCUGCUGAGCCGGGAGAACUCGAUCCGCGGUGACCUCAGCGAGGGGCGAGCGCGGCGGCGGCGAGCCCCGCGGGAAUCCUCGGGGCCGGGGUGCGGGGGGCGGGGACGGCGGGAGCGCGGGGCGCAGCCCGGGCGGGGCUGGGACAGUGAUGAGAGAGCGCGCGGGGAGGCUGCACGCCGCCGCCGCCGCCGCCGUCCGGAGCAUCUGCUGCCUGAGCUGCUGCUCGCGGACCCGGCCAUGGAGACACUGAACGGCCCCGCGGGCGGAGGUGCCCCGGACGCGAAGCUGCAGCCGCCCGGCCAGCACCACCGCCACCACCACCUCCACCCGGUGGCCGAAAGGCGGCGGCUGCACCGUGCGCCCUCGCCCGCCAGACCCUUCCUCAAGGACCUGCACGCCCGGCCCGCCGCCCCCGGCCCGGCCGUCCCCUCCUCGGGCCGAGCCCCGGCGCCCGCCGCCCCGCGCUCGCCCAACCUCGCGGGCAAAGCGCCGCCCUCGCCGGGGUCCCUGGCCGCGCCUGGCCGCCUCUCUCGGCGCAGUGGCGGCGUCCCGGGCGCGAAGGACAAGCCCCCGCCGGGCGCCGGGGCCAGAGCGGCGGGCGGUGCCAAGGCUGCCCUGGGAAGCAGGAGGGCGACGCGCGUGGCGCCCGCGGAGCCGCUGUCCCGGGCUGGGAAGCCUCCCGGAGCCGAGCCGCCGUCUGCCGCUGCCAAGGGCCGCAAAGCCAAGCGCGGCUCCCGGGCGCCACCCGCCCGCACCAUCGGCCCCCCGACCCCGGCCGCCCGGAUCCCUGCCGUGACCCUCGCGGUGACCUCGGUGGCCGGGUCCCCGGCCCGCUGCUCGCGCAUCAGCCACACGGACAGCAGCUCCGACCUCUCUGACUGCCCCUCCGAACCCCUGUCCGACGAGCAGCGCCUGCUCCCUGCCGCCAGCAGCGACGCCGAAUCCGGCACGGGCUCCAGCGACCGUGAACCCCCACGAGGAGCGCCGACGCCGAGCCCCGCAGCCCGAGGAGCGCCGCCGGGCAGCCCCGAGCCCCCAGCGCUCCUCGCCGCGCCCCUCGCCGCGGGCGCCUGUCCCGGGGGCCGGAGCAUCCCGGGCGGGGUUUCGGGGGGUUUCGCGGGGCCCGGCGUGGCGGAGGAUGUCCGGGGGCGCUCGCCACCGGAGCGACCAGUCCCCGGGACCCCCAAGGAGCCCAGCCUGGGCGAGCAGUCUCGGCUCGUGCCAGCGUCGGAGGAAGAAGAGCUGCUGCGGGAGAUGGAGGAGCUGCGCUCGGAGAACGACUAUCUCAAGGAUGAGUUAGAUGAACUCCGUGCUGAGAUGGAAGAGAUGAGAGACAGUUAUUUAGAGGAAGACGUUUACCAGCUGCAGGAACUUCGGCGAGAACUGGACCGCGCUAAUAAAAACUGCCGAAUCCUGCAGUACCGUCUUCGGAAAGCCGAGCAGAAAAGCCUGAAAGUGGCUGAGACGGGUCAGGUGGAUGGAGAGCUUAUUCGAAGCCUGGAGCAGGACUUGAAGGUAGCCAAAGAUGUAUCUGUCAGAUUGCACCAUGAACUUAAGACGGUGGAGGAAAAGCGCGCUAAAGCUGAGGAUGAAAAUGAAACUCUCCGACAGCAGAUGAUUGAAGUGGAAAUAUCCAAACAGGCCCUCCAGAAUGAGCUGGAGAGACUGAAAGAGAGUUCCCUAAAAAGAAGAAGCACUCGGGAAAUGUACAAGGAGAAGAAAACCUUUAACCAGGAUGACAGUGCCGAUUUGAGGUGCCAGCUCCAGUUUGCCAAAGAGGAAGCCUUCCUGAUGCGCAAAAAGAUGGCCAAGCUAGGAAGGGAGAAGGACGAGCUGGAGCAGGAGCUCCAGAAGUACAAGUCCCUCUAUGGGGAUGUGGACAGUCCCCUGCCCACGGGGGAAGCAGGCGGGCCCCCCAGCACCCGGGAGGCCGAGCUGAAGCUGCGGCUAAAGCUGGUGGAGGAGGAAGCCAACAUCUUGGGCCGGAAGAUCGUGGAGCUGGAGGUGGAGAACCGUGGCCUCAAGGCAGAGAUGGAGGACAUGCGGGGCCAGCAGGAGCGGGAGGGCCCGGGUCGGGACCAUGCACCCAGCAUUCCUACCUCACCCUUCGGUGACUCCCUGGAGUCCUCCACUGAGCUCCGCCGCCACCUGCAGUUUGUAGAAGAGGAAGCGGAGUUGCUCCGGAGGUCCAUCUCCGAGAUCGAAGACCACAACCGGCAACUGACCCACGAGCUCAGCAAGUUUAAGUUUGAGCCUCCCCGGGAGCCGGGCUGGCUAGGGGAGGGUGCAAGUCCUGGUGCCGGGGGUGGGGCCCCCCUGCAGGAGGAGCUGAAGUCAGCCAGGCUGCAGAUCAGUGAGCUCAGCGGCAAGGUGCUCAAACUGCAGCACGAGAACCACGCGCUGCUGUCCAACAUCCAGCGCUGCGACCUGGCAGCCCACCUGGGGCUGCGUGCCCCCAGUCCCCGGGACAGCGAUGCCGAGAGUGAUGCGGGCAAGAAGGAGAGUGAUGGGGAGGAGAGCCGCCUGCCCCAGCCCAAGCGGGAAGGGCCUGUUGGCGGGGAGAGUGACUCGGAGGAGAUGUUUGAGAAGACGUCGGGCUUCGGGAGCGGGAAGCCAUCGGAGGCCAGCGAGCCAUGCCCCACGGAGCUCCUGAAGGCCCGGGAGGACUCUGAGUACCUAGUGACCCUAAAACACGAGGCCCAGCGGCUAGAGCGGACGGUGGAGCGCCUCAUCACAGACACCGACAGCUUCCUCCAUGAUGCAGGGCUGCGGGGUGGUGCGCCCUUACCGGGGCCUGGCCUCCACGGCGAAGAGGAGCAGGGUGAGGGGGACCAGCAGGAGCCCCACCUGCUGGGGACCAUCAACGCCAAGAUGAAGGCUUUCAAGAAAGAGCUGCAGGCCUUCCUGGAGCAGGUGAACCGCAUUGGGGAUGGCCUAUCCCCCUUGCCCCACCUCACAGAGUCCUCUAGCUUCCUCUCCACUGUGACUUCCGUGUCCCGGGACUCCCCCAUCGGGAACCUGGGGAAGGAGCUGGGCCCAGACUUGCAGUCCAGACUGAAAGAGCAGCUGGAGUGGCAGCUCGGGCCGGCCCGAGGGGACGAGCGGGAGAGCCUGCGCCUCCGAGCCGCGCGGGAGCUGCACCGCCGCGCAGACGGGGACGCCGGGAGCCACGGGCUGGGAGGCCAGACCUGCUUCAGCCUGGAGCUCAGGGGCCCCCCCGUUUUACCUGAGCAGAGUGUAUCCAUAGAGGAGCUACAGGGUCAGCUCGUGCAGGCGGCCAGACUGCAUCAAGAGGAGACAGAGACAUUUACAAACAAGAUCCAUAAGAUGGAGGAGGAGCACCUCUAUGCCUUGAGGUGGAAAGAACUGGAAAUGCACAGCCUGGCUUUGCAAAACACCCUCCAUGAGCGAACCUGGAGUGACGAGAAGAAUCUGAUGCAGCAGGAGCUCCGGUCCUUGAAGCAGAACAUUUUCCUCUUCUACGUCAAACUCAGGUGGCUGCUGAAACACUGGCGGCAAGGGAAGCAGAUGGAGGAGGAAGGAGAGGACUUCACUGAGGGUGAGCAUCCAGAGACCCUGUCCGGGCUCGGGGAGCUUGGAGUCCAGGGGGGUCACCAGGCGGAUGGCCCAGACCACGACAGUGACCGAGGCUGUGGCUUUCCAGUGGGGGAGCACUCCCCACACUCCCGGGUGCAGAUUGGAGAUCACAGCUUGCGGCUGCAGACCGCGGACAGGGGACAGUCCCACAAACAGGUGGUGGAAAACCAGCAGCUGUUCAGCGCCUUCAAGGCCUUGCUGGAGGACUUCCGUGCGGAGCUGCGGGAGGACGAGCGUGCCCGACUACGGCUGCAGCAGCAAUAUGCCAGCGACAAGGCGGCCUGGGACGUGGAGUGGGCCGUGCUCAAGUGCCGUCUGGAACAGCUGGAAGAGAAGACUGAGAACAAGUUGGGAGAACUAGGCUCCUCCGCUGAGAGCAAGGGGGCCUUGAAGAAGGAGAGAGAGGUGCACCAGAAGCUCCUGGCCGACAGUCACAGCCUGGUCAUGGACCUGCGCUGGCAGAUCCAUCACAGCGAGAAGAACUGGAACCGGGAGAAGGUGGAACUUCUCGACCGCCUGGACAGAGAUCGGCAGGAGUGGGAGCGGCAGAAGAAGGAACUCUUGUGGAGGAUAGAGCAGUUGCAGAAAGAGAACAGUCCCCGGAGAGGUGGCAGUUUCCUCUGUGAUCAAAAAGACGGCAACGUUCGCCCCUUUCCCCACCAGGGAAGCCUCCGCAUGCCCCGUCCUGUGGCCAUGUGGCCUUGUGCAGAUGCUGACUCCAUCCCGUUUGAAGACCGGCCGCUGUCCAAGCUGAAGGAAUCGGACAGGUGCUCGGCCAGUGAGAAUCUCUACCUGGAUGCCUUGUCCCUGGAUGAUGAGCCAGAAGAGCCACCAGCCCACAGGCCCGAGAGGGAGUUCAGGAACUGCCUCCCUGAGGAAGAAGAAAAUCACAAAGGAAAUCUUCAAAGGGCGGUGUCCGUGUCCUCCAUGUCUGAGUUCCAGCGUCUAAUGGACAUCUCCCCCUUCCUGCCUGAGAAGGGCCUGCCGUCCACCAGCAGCAAGGAGGAUGUCACCCCACCCCUGUCUCCAGACGACCUCAAGUACAUUGAGGAGUUCAACAAGAGCUGGGACUACACACCCAACAGGGGCCACAAUGGUGGGGGGCCGGACCUUUGGGCCGACAGGACCGAGGUGGGGCGGGCAGGGCACGAGGACAGCACAGAGCCUUUCCCCGACUCCUCCUGGUACCUAACCACAAGUGUCACCAUGACCACGGACACCAUGACCAGCCCAGAGCACUGCCAGAAGCAGCCGCUGCGGAGCCACGUCCUCACCGAGCAGUCGGGGUUGCGCGUGUUACACAGCCCGCCUGCCGUGCGCAGGGUCGACAGCAUCACGGCGGCGGGUGGUGAGGGUCCCUUUCCCACAAGCAGAGCCAGAGGGAGCCUGGGAGACACCAAGGGGGGCCCUCCAGAACCCAUGCUCAGCAGGUGGCCUUGCACUUCCCCCAGGCACUCCCGGGACUAUGUGGAGGGGGCACGGCGCCCCCUUGAUAGUCCCCUCUGUACCUCCCUGGGGUUUGCCUCCCCACUGCACAGCCUGGAGAUGUCCAAGAACUUGAGUGAUGACAUGAAGGAGGUGGCCUUCUCUGUCAGGAAUGCCAUCUGCUCUGGCCCUGGCGAGCUGCAAGUCAAGGACAUGGCCUGCCAGACCAAUGGGUCCCGGACGAUGGGGACCCAGACUGUUCAGACCAUCAGUGUGGGCUUGCAGACUGAAGCCCUGCGUGGCAGCGGUGUCACCAGCAGCCCUCACAAGUGUCUCACUCCAAAGGCUGGGGGCGGUGCUACACCCGUGUCGUCUCCUUCCCGGAGCCUUAGGAGCAGACAGGUGGCCCCUGCCAUCGAGAAGGUGCAGGCCAAGUUUGAACGCACAUGCUGCUCCCCCAAGUAUGGUUCUCCCAAGCUGCAGAGGAAGCCCCUCCCCAAAGCCGACCAGCCAAAUAACAGGACGUCACCAGGGAUGGCCCAGAAAGGGUACAGUGAGUCAGCCUGGGCCCGCUCCACCACCACAAGGGAGAGCCCCGUGCACACCACCAUUAAUGAUGGCCUCUCCAGCCUCUUCAACAUCAUUGACCACAGCCCCGUGGUGCAGGACCCCUUCCAGAAGGGGCUGCGGGCCGGCAGUCGGUCUCGCUCAGCAGAGCCCCGACCAGAGCUGGGCCCAGGCCAGGAAACAGGCACCAAUUCCCGAGGAAGGUCGCCUAGCCCCAUUGGGGUGGGGUCAGAGAUGUGCAGGGAGGAAGGGGGAGAGGGCACGCCAGUGAAGCAGGACUUAUCUGCUCCCCCUGGCUACACCCUCACUGAGAACGUGGCCCGGAUCCUCAACAAGAAGCUGCUGGAACAUGCCUUAAAGGAGGAGAGGAGGCAGGCUGCCCACGGGCCCCCGGGUCUCCACAGUGACAGCCACUCGCUGGGGGACACAGCCGAGCCAGGGCCCAUGGAGGAACUACCUUGUUCUGCACUAGCUCCAUCCCUAGAGCCCUGCUUCUCCAGGCCCGAGAGACCAGCAAACCGUCGCCCUCCGUCCCGUUGGGCCCCACAUUCCCCCACUGCCUCACAGCCUCAGUCACCCGGAGACCCGACGUCCUUGGAGGAGCAUGGUGGCGAGGAGCCGCCCGAGGAGCAGCCACACCGAGAUGCAAGCUUGCAUGGAUUAUCACAGUAUAAUUCACUGUAAUUUGCAUAACCACACCAUCACCAUGAACAAAACUCUGCCCAAAAGGAGAGAUCUAGUUUUCUCAAGGUCAAAGAAUGUUUUUUAAAAACACACAGCUGCUGAAUGUUCAACCUGUGAAACUGAGAUGUUUCUAGAAUGAAACAGUAAAUGUGCCUGUAAUAACUUAAUUUUUUUCAUAGCUCAGAAAACUAUUUUUGUCUCCAUCUUUUUUACACACAGUAUAUUAAACGAAAAGGUAAAUAAGGUAUAAAUAGAUUUAAAAAAUAAAAGUUUUAAAAAGUGUACAUUUUAAGAGAUUCUGAACACCCUCGCUGUCAAUACCUGACUGCCUCUCUGUUAAAUUUGCACUGUUACAUUUUGGUUCAGUUUAUUUCCAUGUUGAAUUAGAGUGGAUUAAGUUAAUUUUAUUUUGUCAGUGUUACUGUUUUUUACGAAUUUUUUAAUGCUUCAGACUGUCUGAUUCAGUGAACUUUUUGUAGUGAAAAAGCCAUGAAGCCAGUAGACAAGACAGAUGUUCUGUAUGCUGCAGGGGAUACAGGAUGAUUUUGAAAAGGUACAAAGUCCUCAGUGGGCUUAGAAAAUUCACUGUAUGAUCCUUAUAUUAUCCUACUUGGCUUGCACGUCUUCGGGUGCAUGUAUAUACCGCUACUGUGUCCUCGCCAUCACCUAAAUGUGACUCAGUCUGUUCCACUGUAAUAUGUUGUGAAUUUCCUUGUACUGUACUUUUAUUGUUGGUCUUCUUGUAUCGAUGAUCCAACAGCAACAACAUUUUUAAAUUAUUGUGAAAAGAUUAACUGGCAAUGUACAGAGUUUACUCAAAGUUUUCUUAAGGGAAAACACUACAAAAAGUCACGAGGAUACCAAAUGGAAACACAUGAUGAUGCCUCUGAGUCUGUAUGAGACCGUGAUGAAGUAGAAAUAAAGCCCUUCUGAGAUGGCA